GGACUUGCAGCUGCAACUUCUUAUUCCGACCGGAUCUACCUCUUUACCUUUAUUUACCUACCUUGUUACCUUGUUACCUUAUUAUCGUUUUACCUUUUUACCUUUUUACCUUUUAACCUUUUAUCUUACUCGGAUUCUCUUAUUAACUUUCCUUUACCAAACUUUUUCUCUCCCUUGAGAAAUCUCGUCUUAUUAUAUCUGGACCACAUACGAGUUACCCAGCCUUCUUAGCCUUUCCCUAAGGUACAAUCUAAUCUACAAAUCAUAUUAAAUUUUGGCUCCCUUUCAAAAUCCAUCCCGAUUUCUUUUCUCCACAACAAAACAAAACCUUCCACUUUUCUAAACUCUACCUUACCUUUCCACACUUUCUAUCUUCUCCCAAAGAUUAACGAUUAACUCGCUUUCUGCCCGGUACAGCUCGCUUUUCGUUCCGUAAACGAGUUUCGCUAGGAACUCCUUAAGUUUUAUACGGCAAGCCGAGGAUAUAUCAAAUCAUUAAUUGCAGAUCGAUUGAAUUUGGAAAAGACUUGAAUAUUUCCAAUUCAAUUAAAAUUCGUCGUGUUCCCUUUAACGUGGUUGAUUUAGAUGAGGUUUCAGAAAAAAAAAACACACAUCAAAUAAUCAACACCGCGCGACCGUGUCAUAAUCCAAAAUAUGGCACAGCAACACAACAAUAGGAAUAGUCCGCAUCUGAAUCAUUUGCAACACAACGGCUCAGCGCCCUCUUCUCCAUCGAUGUCUGGUUCGCAACAGGGUAAUCAACAGCGGCAGCCAGUUAAUUAUCCCAGUCCGACUUCAUACCCAUCACCUUCUUUGUCGACUUCGCAAUAUAAUUAUCCGCCACCAGGUAAUCAGAACGAGCCGUAUCGCGCGAGUCCGACCGGAAGCAACGGCUCAUUAUCUCUUCCAAGUAUGCGUUCCUUAGAUCCUCUUCAGCAGCAGCAGCAGCAACAGCAGCAGCAAGCCGCACAACAUCAGCAUAUGGGUUCACCUUUACCUCCACCUGUUGCUCAAAUGGGCGGACCUUAUUAUCAAAACCAACUCCCUCAUCCGUCACAUCAACACCAAUACCCAAAUGUCACAUCUGAUCCCAACAUGCGAUACGCGCUUCCAGUAGAUUCUCGAGUCAUGAGUGGAGGUCGACAUAAAAAGGUAUGUAAUAUCGUAAAUCAUCGUUAUUAUCGAUUUAAUCGUGUCAUCGCGUCAUUCGAGUAUCGCGUCUUGCUAACGAAAUAUUAUUUCCAUCAGGAGAUCAAGCGUAGGACCAAGACGGGUUGUUUGACCUGCAGAAAGAGAAGAAUUAAGGUCAGUUCUUGAUGUUUUAAAUUCGUCGCAUUAUCGAAAGAAUGGAUGGAAGUUGAGGUUAAGUUUCUUCGCGAUGGCAAUCUUUUCGUCUAUAUGCAAGCGAAUCACCUAAGUAGGCGAAGGCACAUGAGCGAGCGAGACGAGCGACCUUGAUACCGGGACCCACGAGUAGAGCGAGAUUAUCAAUUUUCACCAUUGUUUUCGUUGGCAGAUCAAUAAAAAAUCAUCAUUGUCGUGACCAUCAUCGUCAUCACUAUCCUUUUGAAAAUUCUGCUAACCUUACUCAUCAGUGCGACGAACAACACCCUGCCUGCCGAAAUUGCCAAAAGUCAAAACGUGAAUGUUUAGGUUACGAUCCCAUCUUCAAGCAACAACCAGGCCCUGCUCCCAUACAACCAGCACCUAGCUCUGCACCUUCGCAAGCUUCAUCGCUCGCGACCGCGAAUCCUUACGGGAACCAACCGCAGAUGCUGCAGACUGGUUACGGUGUCCCAGCUACAAUGUCAUAUGAUCCUGCCCUUACUGCACCAAGUGCCGCUCAACAUUAUGACUAUUCGUCUGCAAUUGAUCCGAAUUUGGAGGCAUCUGCUCCAAUUCCGGUCAUCAACCCUUUUCACUCUACUCCACCAGGUAUGCUCAACCUCCGCCUCCACCAAAAAAACAUGCAAAGUGCAACCCCAUAUCCCUUUAAAGUAUCCGAUAUUACCCACCUCAGAGGUGGCGCUGGUUCCCCCCCUUCCCCUCCAGCUACAUCUUAUGCGGACGAAGCGGCUGACACGACUUUUCUUCCAGCUCAACGAUCCAUCGAUGACCUUUUAGCAUUCGGUAACCCCCCUGCACCAGUCGACAGCCAAGCUCCCGAUGUUUCACAAUCCCCGUCGGCACUCGAAGAAGCAAAGCACCUAUACUAUAGCAUUUAUUCUCCAGGUCUAGAGAGUUUCCUCGAAUCAAAGUGGUUCAGUGCCAAAGGUGCUGCAAAACUCAUGAGCGAUAAGCCAUUACUCGAAAAAUUUGGAACACUUCUCCUACAGUUCUCGAAGACGAUUGUGACUGACCCUGUCGCAAUAGCACACACUGCAAGUGUUGAAGCAAAAGUUGUUUGGGCUCUGGCCUGUAUGGUCAAGCUUGGUGCCGAGGAAGAGAAAGAAGCCAGGGCAGAAUCCAAGAGUGUGCUCCCUGCCCAAGAUGAUGCAGUUGAGGCCAAUCACCGUUUGACGGUUUUUGAAUGUCUCUUGACAGGUAAAGUUGCUGAAAGUAAUCAGCUCACUGCUCCUGUCCAAGGAAGUGGAGAUCACCACAGAUUGAGAGAAUUGGAAUUCUGGUACUCAUUAGCAAACUUCGUAUGCCUUCGAGAAGACGACCCAAAUUGUGCUAAGGAUGUUGACGAUACUCUUGCUACCUUGAGAAAUCUCUUGGAUGGCCGGGAGAAUCGAGAUGUCUUGUACUCAAUCGCCAUCAUUCGAGCUAUUGGACAACGUGUUUCCGAAUAUACACCAAGCGACACACCACUUCACUUUGAUGAAAGUGAUAAUCGCAGUAAGCUUCUCGUUGCAAAGAAGUUCGUCCAGGAUGAGGCAAGUGGUUCAGGAACAACAAAUGUUAUUAGAAGAUUGUGUGAGCUUGCUACACGCACAUGGACAACUCCAGCACCUCUUGUACCUAUUCCAAAAUAAUUCGACACGCCUCAUCUUCACAAACUUAUUCAACGAAUUUACUUUCUCUGACUUUUCUGGCUUUUCUGGCGUCUCAGAAGCAUUGCUGUUAUUUUUGCAAUUGAUAUCAAAUGCAUCAAAAGUGGAUGGACAGGUUUUAUUUCCCAUUAUUUUGCGAAAGUUUUCAAUGCUAGCCUUUUCUCUUAACUUUUUUUUGGCAGGCUGGCAACACAUUUGAAGAUUUGUGGUAUCAAAAACAAAAUAUCCAUCAAGGGUUUGGUUGGAGAUUUUUCAAAAAGAUCGAUUGCUACAACGAAGUAGUCGAAACUGCUUGGUGGUUACCUCCAUGCAUGCAUGUAAUCUUAGGAACAAUGGGUGAACUGGGAUGGACUUUGCAAGAUUGUAUUUCUU